CCAUGACGAAGUGGAGGCUGAAAGAAGACAUAGCUGACUUCUUCUCAUCGGACGAGGCACCGCUGGAGAGCGUGCUGAAUAUGCUCCCCCUAUUGAGUCACCCGUCGGGUCACCCUGCAUGGUUGGAGACGGAAGAUACGCUAAUGAGCCCCGUUGAAUUUUACCUCCAACGGUUCAACCUAACGAAAAGCAUAAUGGAACGAGUGUCAACUAUUAUGGAUGACGCGGCAUCUGUAACAUCAUACAGCAGAAAUGCAGAGGCAGAUGGCAGAUGGCAGAGUCGAGCGGUGGUCAAGGUUUUAUGCAGCGUCGACCACCCAAGCUGCGUGAACGCUUCUCUCGAUCACUGGCAUCGGGGCGGCAGUGACUGGAAAGCGGGAUUAAGGCAUUUUAGAACAGGGCUGGGCGAAAAGUCCUUCCUCAGUGAAACUGAGGUGGCGGGCAUGGCGCUUCGUCACGGGAGUCCAGAGGACAAGGAACGCGUAGCAGCAUUGCUGAGGCAGGAAAGCUCACCCAGCUUGGCUCUGGAUGUGGCUGGCUACUCCACCAACGAGUCCCUUGUGGACGAAAUUGUCCGACUCCACUACAACGCUCUUUCAACUGAGGAGUACGAUCACAUGGUCACAGGCAAUCUACGGAAGGCCGUCCUCCGAGUGACGUUGAGUUUUACUGCGGAGGAACUUCAACGCUUGCCUCUGGAGGUUAUGGAAUCUGGCCCUUGUUCGUUCUCAAAACUAAUCGACAAUGAGGAGGAGCUGAAAAGGUAUACGGCCAAGCUACGCGGGUUUCACUGCCCGUGGACGAAAGUCUCUCAAGAGAUGCGUGAGACAAAAGAGACCUUGGCCAAGUUGCGAAGGGACGCCGCGGGAGUGCAUCGCUGGGUGCAAGGCCAGCUGCCACCUGCAGCAGAAACCUACGUCUAGCAGCCUGAUUCAGCUUUAUCUUCGCGCAUUAAUUAGGGUAGCAUCAUCCUUGAUGGACGUUUUCAAAAGAAAAAAAAAUGGGGAGGGGGGUUUGGUUAGCGUGAGGCUACCAUACAACUAAGCUAAAUUAUUUAGUUUUUUUAA